GACGUAAGAAUCGGGCGGGGCAUCCUGUAGGCACGGGAGCUUUUGCUGCGCUCUGAUUGGUGCAAUUUGAAAAACUUGUUUGUCGGUAGACGGAGGGAACGAACUUCGAAUUUCUGAGAGGGGAGAAGAGAAAGAUUACGGAGUGGCUGAUUUGAACACAAAGAACACAAGAUGAUAAGGCCUACCAAGGGCAAGACCCCGCGCCGUCCUCCUCCUAAAAAGCCAACAAACAACCUGAAGGAUCCUGUAGGAGUGUACUGUCGUGUGCGUCCACUAGGUGCAGAGGAUGAAGAAUGUUGCAUUGAGGUGAUCAGCAGCACUACCAUCCAGCUCCAUGCCCCUGAUGGCCUCAAAGCCAACAGGAAUGGGGAGUUUAAAGAGACUCAAUAUUCCUUCAAGAAGGUUUUUGGAAUUAAAACCACACAGAGGGAGUUGUUUGAGGAUGUUGCAAAACCUCUUGUGGAAGAUCUUAUUCAUGGCAAAAACGGUCUUCUGUUCACCUAUGGCGUCACUGGCAGUGGAAAAACCUACACGAUGACGGGUUCCCCGGGCCAAGGCGGGCUCCUGCCCCGCUCACUGGACAUGAUCUUCAACAGCAUUGGACCUUACCAGGCCAAAAGAUUUGUCUUCAAGCCAGAUGAUAAGAAUGGCAUGGAAGUGCAAAACCAGGUGGAUGCUCUUUUGGAACGACAGAAACAAGAGAGUCAGCCAUCUGUACCAAAGACUCCAUCCUCAAGGCAAAGAGUUGAUCCAGAGUUUGCUGACAUGAUCAGUCCAGAAGAAGCUUCUAAGGCUGACGGGGUGGAUGAGGACAGUAGCUACAGCGUGUUUGUCUCCUAUAUAGAGAUAUACAAUAACUACAUCUAUGAUCUCCUGGAGGAGACUCCAUUUGACCCAAUAAGGCCAAAGUGGAAUGGUGCAGGGACACCUCUGCGGCACAACACUGAGUUCAUACCACCCCAGUCCAAGAUUUUACGUGAAGAUCAAAACCACAACAUGUAUGUGGCUGGGUGCACAGAGCUUGAAGUGAAAUCAACAGAGGAAGCAUUUGAAGUCUUUUGGAGGGGUCAAAAGAAGCGCAGGAUUGCAAACACUCAGUUAAAUCGCGAGUCGAGCAGAUCACACAGCGUCUUCAUCAUUAAACUGGCACAAGCCCCAUUGGAUGCAGAUGGAGACAAUGUCCUUCAGGAUAAGAACCAGGUGAAUGUGAGUCAGUUGUGUCUGGUGGAUCUGGCUGGCAGUGAACGCACAAGCAGAACUCGCGCAGAGGGCAGCCGCCUUCGGGAAGCAGGCAACAUCAAUCAGUCUCUGAUGACUCUCCGCACAUGCAUUGAAGUUCUCAGAGAGAAUCAGAUGUGUGGAACAAACAAGAUGGUCCCAUACAGAGACUCUAAAGUGACUCAUCUGUUCAAAAAUUAUUUUGAUGGAGAGGGGAAAGUCAGAAUGGUGGUCUGUGUGAACCCUAAGGCUGAUGAUUAUGAAGAAACAAUGCUGGUGAUGCGAUUUGCUGAGAUGACUCAGGAGGUGGAAGUGGCCCGGCCUGUUGACAGGCCCAUGUGUGGCUUUGCUGCAGGACGCCGACAGAGGAACCAGGCCUUCAAAGAGGAACUGUCUCGUCGGCUAGAGGAACGUGGAGGCCCAGUAGAUGGCGAACCUCCUUCCAAGGCCCUGAGCCAUCUGUUGCAAAACCUGCCUCCACUGCCUCCCUGUGAAAUCACUGACCCUACUGAUGACCAUACGCUUCCUAGACUCAUUGAGGCCUUGGAGAAGCGGCACAAGAUCCGCCAGAUGAUGACUGAAGAGUACAACAAAUCCGCCAAUAUGCUGAAGUCCAUGCUUCAAGAACUGGAUGGCAACCUCGUCUCCAAAGAGAAUUUCAUCCAUGAGCAACGCGGCAAGCUGGGCGAGAAGGACAAAAUGAUCCAGAACCAGAAAAAUGAGAUUGAUCGCCUGGAGAAGAAAUCCAAGAUGCUGGAGUACAAGAUUGACAUCCUGCAGAAAACCACAAACAUCUAUGAGGAGGAUAAGCGUGCCUUACAGCACGAGCUGGAGAGCAGAGAGCAGAGGUUGCAGCGGGAGCUUUCAGAAAAGAAGCGAAUGGAGGCACGCAUGCAAGGGUUGGUCUCAGAUGAAAAGCUCAGGUGGCAGAAGGAGUGUGAGAGGCGGGUAAAUGCCAAGGAACUGGAAAUGCAGAACAAGCUUUGGGUAAAGGACGAAAAGCUGAAGCAGCUCAAAGCUAUAGUAACGGAGAGCAAGGCAGACACCCGACCAGAUAAACCCGAGCGACCUUCCCGAGAAAGGGACAGAGUGCCUGCAAAGAGAUCAGCCUCGCCCUCGCCGAUGCCUGCCUCAGAAUAUGUCCUUCCCAAAGUUGUCAGGCCAGCCCCUCUUUCCCCCAGCACUAGCAGUGUGUCUGUGGCCUCCUGCAUCUCCGAGUGGGAGCAGCGAACGCCACAGGCCGACAGGCAGGGCAGCCCCUCCCCUCCCCAUGGUAGAAGCAGAGGUCAGGGUCUUCCUGGAAGCCUUAGCAGGAGGAGAGGCAGGUGCUGGGCCAGAGACUGUGAGGUGCCAUUUCAGCCAGCAGAUGUAGACGUAGAGGAGAGAGGUUACAGGACUGGGCCGGCGGUUCGGCCUCUGCACAGGCGCUCGCACUCAGCUGGUGGUGAGAGAUGGGUGGAUCACAAACCCAGCACCAAUGUGGAGCUGGACACGGUCAUGCAGCCCAGCGUUUCCAACUCGAUCAAGGUGACCGCUCCCAGCGAGAAAGCCCUGUCCAAGUGUGACAAGUACAUGCUGACACACCAAGAAGUGGCCUCUGAUGGCGAGAUCCAAACCAAACUCAUCAAGGGUGAGGUGUUCAAAACUAGAGGUGGAGGACAAGCAGUUCAGUUCACUGAUAUUGAAACACUGAAACAAGAAAAUGCUGUUGGUCCAAGCCGUAAAAGGAGAUCAUCAGAGAACCGCCAGGAUGAGCGUAAGGAUGGAGACUGGACAGAUGUAGAGACCAGGUGUGCUGUGGCUGUGGAGAUGAGGACUGGCUCCAACCUCGGACCUGGUUAUCAACACCAUGGAUAUCCAAAACGCAGAAAGCCCUAAGCAUUGCCCUGGCAUUGCUAUCACAGUCAAGAGUUCUUCCUUCUUGAAACCUCAUCACUGUGCAAUACUUUCUACUAUUUAACUUUUUUUUAAUAAUACUUUUAUAUAAGACACUUUUAUAUAUAGGCCUGUAUAUAAAUUCACCAAAGUGGUUUUGUAAUGUAAUGCAUUUUCAACUUUAGUGUUACCGUGAAAUAUUCAGGCCUAAUUUAAUCAAGGCCUUGGAGUGGCUUGAAACAAAGGUAUGGUGUGUGUUGUUGUUCCCCUGCUGACCCUCAAGUGUGUAAAGCUUUUCUAUAAUCCUUUCCCCUCUUUUGAAAUAGGCUGUUGCUGAAGUAGGGAAAUCGAAGCAUAUGGUAGUCUGGAUUGUGCUUUCUAAUUAGAGCCCCAUUAUUGAGUGCAAUGUUGAUUGUAGUCAUAUUCCUAGAAAAGCACUAUUUUCUCACUUGUAUUAUAUAACUACAGCUUGUCAGAACAAAUUUGAACACAGUGGCAUUCACAGUACACAUGGACUGUUAAAUGGCAUUUGAAUCUUUCUUCUUUUGAAUGUUAUUUUCACAUAAAUUGAAUACUUGUAUACUUGUUAA